GUCACGUGCGCGGUCACGUGCCACCGCACACCCGGAAGCGCCCCGCCGCGGGAGCCGCGAGCCGCAUUUGUGGACCCAAGGAUGUCAUGCUGUUGUUCCCUGAUCUGGUCACAGAGUCUGGCUCCCUGGAAACUCUGCUGUGCUUCUUGCCAAGAUGAAAUGUGUCUUGGUGGCCACAGAGGGUGCCGAGGUCCUCUUCUAUUGGACAGAUGAGGAGUUUGAAGAGAGUCUCCGGCUGAAGUUGGGGCAGACAGAGAAUGAGGAAGAGGAGCCCCCUGCCCUGGAGGACCAGCUGAGCACUCUCCUUGCACCCAUCAUCAUCUCCUCCAUGACGAUGCUGGAGAAACUCUCGGACACCUACACCUGCUUCUCCACAGACAAUGACGACCACCUGUAUGUCCUUCACCUAUUUGGAGAGUGCCUGUUCAUCGCCAUCAAUGGGGACCACACAGAGAAUGAGGCAGACCUUCGACGGAAACUCUGUGUGCUCAAGUACCUGUUUGAGGUGCACUUUGGGCUGGUUACUGUGGACAGCCAGCUCAUCCGAAAGGAGCUGCGGCCCCCUGACCUGGAGCAACGUGUGCGGGUGUGGGCCAGCUUCCAGAGCCUGCUGGGGACCUACAGCCGCCUGAGGGAGCAGGAGCAGAGCUUCGCCGUGGAGGCUGUGGAGCGGCUGAUCCAUCCCCAGCUUUGUGAGCUGUGCAUAGAGGCCCUGGAGAGGCACGUCAUCCAGGCUGUCAACGCCAGGCCUGCACAGGGCAGCGAGGAGGCGCAGCACGCCUUCCUGCUGGUCCACACCAAGCUACUGGCCUUCUACUCCAGCCAUGGUGCCAGUACCCUGUACCCCGCCGACCUUCUGGCCCUCAUCCUCCUGGUUCAGGACCUCUACCCGAGCCCGAGCACAACUGACGAAGAGGAGGACGACACUCAGGAGGCACCACGCCUGUCGCACUCAUCCCAGAGUAUCCCCGUGCAGCAGGCCUGGAGCACGAGCCCCACGGGCAGCGGGGGCAGCACGGGCCCCACGGGCCCCAUGGCCGAGAGCUCUGCGGAGACGGACACUGACAGCUUCUCCUUCCCCGAGGAAUACUUCACACCAGCUCCUUCUCCCACGGAACACAGCUCAGGUAGCACUGUCUGGCUGGAAAGCGGCACCCCACCCAUUGAUGUUUCUCAGAUAGCUGAAGUAUCCCUCCAGGCCCUGGUUCCUCACUCCCCAGCACCCUCCAUCCCUAGGAGGAUCUUCUUAGAUGCCAACAUAAAGGAGAACUAUUGCCCCUUGGUGCCCCACACCAUGUACUGCCUACCCCUGUGGCCAGGCAUUAACAUGGUGCUUCUGACCAAGAGUCUCAGCACUCAACUUGCUCUGGUCCUGUACCAGCUGCUGGAUGGCUUCUCCCUGCUAGAGAAGAAGCUGAAGGAGGGCCAGGAGGCCGGGAGUGCCCUCCGCUCCCACCCCUUUAUGGGAGACCUACGCCAGAGAAUGGACAAGUUCGUCAAGAAUCGAGGGGGACAGGAGAUUCAGAGCACCUGGCUGGAGUUUAAGACCAAGGCCUUCUCCAGAAAUGAACUGGGAUCAUCCUGGGAGCUGCUCCAGGUAUGUGGGAAACUAAAGCGACAGCUCUGCUCCAUCUACCGUCUCAGCUUCCUGGCCACUGCCCCCAGCAGGGGAGGCCCACACCUGCCCCAGCACCUCCAGGACCAGGUCCAGAACAUCAUGUGGGAGAGGCUGCUGGACUGGAAAGACUUCCUUUUGGUGAAGAGCAGGAGGAAUGUCACCAUGGUGUCCUACCUGGAGGACUUCCCAGGCCUGGUGCAUUUCAUCUACGUGGACCGCACAACUGGGCAGAUGGUAGCCCCAUCCCUCAGCAGCAGCGAAAAGACUUCAUCAGAGCUGGGCAAGGGACCCCUGGCCGCCUUCGUCAAGGACAAGGUCUGGGCCCUAGUCCGGAUGGCACGCAGGUACCUGCAGAAGGGCUGUACCACCCUGCUCUUCCAGGACGGAGACUUCCGCUGCUCCUACUUCCUGUGGUUUGAGAAUGACGCGGGCCACAAACUGCAGAUGAUUGAAGUGCCCGUCCUCUCUGAUGACUCAGUGCCCAUCGGCAUGCUGGGAGGUGACUACUACAGGAAGCUCCUGCGCUACUACAGCAAGAGCCGCCCAGCUGAAGCUGUCAGGUGCUACGAGCUGCUGGCCCUGCACCUGUCCGUCAUUCCCACCGAACUGCUGGUGCAGCAGGCCGGCCAGCUAGCCCGGCGCCUGGGGGAGGCCUCCCGUGUGCCCCUGCCCUAGGCCAUGGCACCUCCAGCUACCCCUGCUUGCAAAUGUUCUCCAUGGCAAGAGCUUCCUCCUGCUUCCAGCGGCCUCCUGAGGAUGUGCCAAGGUCCUGGGGCAGCCACAGGGUUUCUCAGGUUAUACCUGGACCCCUGUGUACACACCCCUGCAUCCUCCCCCCUGGAGACAGUAGGACCCUAUGGGAUUCCAUUGGUCUCCUUAAAACAGCAACCGCUGUGAGGGCACAGAUGGCAGAGGUUGCUCUGCCUCACUUCAUCCCCAGGAGAUGGGAGGAAAGCCCCAGUGGUCUGGCUGUCUGAAGACACUCUCUUCCUGCUGUUCAGAGUAGAAGCUAUGUCCUUCCCCACAUGAAAGGUGUUCACUAGCUGGUUCCAGCACUGCCAUUUCCCUUCUCAAUGUCCAUAUUUAAGCUGAUUACACCUACCUCUCUGAGUGGUCAGGAAUACCAAACACAUAGUAGGUGCUCAAUAAAUAAUGGUUAUGGUCAUCA